AUGGCGGUCUCCACAAGAAUUAAAGUUCCACAUAAUUUCCACUUGUUAGAAAAACUAGAAGAAAUGCAAAAAGGACUAGGCAAUGGUACAGUUAGCUGGGGACUUGAAGAUGAUGAAGAUAUGACACUUACAAGGUAUCAGGGAAAGCUAGACUCUUCACCAAAAGGCUGCCACCAGACAAACUAUGAAAACAGAACAUAUAGUCUGAAAGUAGAGUGUGGACCUAAAUACCCAGAAGCACCUCCAACAGUUAGAUUUGUAACAAAAAUUAAUGUGAAUGGGAUAAAUAAUUCCAAUAGAAUGAUAGAGGCACAGAGCAUACCAGUGUUAGCAAAAUGUCAAAAUUCUUAUAGCAUUAAAGUUGUAAAGAGCUGA